CGCCAGCCCAAACGCACCACCGCAACCCCCACGCGCUGCACGCCUGUGACACCCCCUCCCCUGGCCGCAGCAUCAUCGCCCCUGCAAGUGACCGCUGGCCGCGUGCGCCGUCCCCUCUCCUCCAGUCCUCCUCCCACGCCGGCCGCCACCCCCCACAAACAUUCCGCGCCGCGCACAGUCGAGGCUCCUGCGCCGCCCCUGCAACCCCGCGGCGAGGCACCCGGUGCCGCUCGGGCAUUAAGCCCUUUUUAUUAGAAAAAGACACAGAGGAGGGAGCAACCGCUCGGUUUGGUUUGGUUUCGCGGCUCCCGCUCCCGCUCGCGUCGCAGGGGCCGAGGCGGCCACUGCAAGAAGAAGAACCCCGGUAUCAAGUUUCUAGUACACUCAAAUGGGUGCUAGGGAGAACGGGGAAGAGAGAAAUGACCAAUCAACUGAUGUGGAAGUGGAACGAGAUGCUAAACUAGGGAAGGAAGCUGAAUCAGACUAUGAAGCAGCUAGAGACUCCUUUUCAUCUCAAGGUGAGUCUAACAGCAAUGAAGAUACUAAAGCGAAAAGAGUCUCAAGGGUUCCGAAGAAGCUAGCAAAAAAGGACACCAAGCCAAACAGCCCACGUCUGGCCAGAACUAAUUCCACUCGUCUAGUCAACAAGAAGCUGCAAUAUAUUUCACCAAACAAUAGUCCGAACAAAGCACCGAAGCCAAGCAAAGUGGCUAAUGGUGUUAAAACUGUUGAAGUUCAAAGGCCAGAAACUGUGGAAGUUACUUCUUGUCCUUCAUCUGAUGUGUCUGAGGAAACAAAUGAUAAAGCUAUUGAGGGCAGAGCCACCGAUGAUAAGUCCACCGAGGGCAGGGCCGAUGAUAAUAAGGCCACCGAGGGCACAUCUGCUGAUGAUAAGGCCAUUGAGGGUGUAGAGACUGAUGAUAAGGCCAUUGAGGGCGUAGCAACUGAAGAUAAGGCCAUUGAGGGCGUAGCGACUGAUGAUAAGGCCAUUGAGGUUAUAGCGACUGAUGAUAAGGGUGUUGAGGGUGUAGAGACCAGUGAUACAGCCAUUGAAGAAGCAAAGGAAAUUGAUGUCUUAGACGAAGCUCCGAAAUGUGAUCAAAGUACUGGCACUGACGAUGAAAUUGCUGAUACUGAACAGAACAUACUUGAUGAUGACAACUCAGUAGCAUAUGAAAAGAAUGAUGAGAAGAUUGAGGAAUUAGAAUCAAAAAUUGAAAAGCUGGAGCAAGAGCUUCGUGAAGUUGCUGCCCUUGAGGUUUCUCUCUACUCUAUUAUGCCAGAGCACGGAUGUUCAUCACAUAAGCUGCAUACGCCAGCUCGGCGUCUGUCUAGGUUAUAUAUCCAUGCAUCAAAGUUUUGGUCCCCAGAUAAGAAAGCUUCUGUUGCAAAAAACUCUGUUUCUGGGCUUGUGCUUGUAGCAAAGUCUUGUGGCAAUGAUGUUUCAAGGUUGACAUUCUGGUUAUCGAACACAAUUGUCCUACGAGAGAUCAUUGCACAAACCUUUGGCGUUUCAAGCCAAUCACCUGCAGUUAUGAAUGCUUUCACUACAAACAGAAACAGUAAUGCAAAAAAGCUUUACAAGAAUUCCCCGCCAAUGCGAUGGAAAAUGAAUUCCAGUGGCAAGCAGGCUAGACCUACUAUCAUGCAGUUUCCGGAUGAUUGGCAGCAAACUGGCACUGUCUUGGCUGCAUUAGAGAAGAUUGAAUCUUGGAUCUUUUCUCGGAUUGUUGAGUCUGUGUGGUGGCAGGCACUGACACCCCGUAUGCAAACUCCUGUUGAGGAUUCAUCGACGCCAAGCAUUGAGAAACCGUUAGGGCAUUCUUUGGCUGAUCAGCAUCAAACCACUUUUUCUAUUGAUCUUUGGAAGACUGCAUUUUGUGAUGCGUUCAGCAGAAUAUGCCCUCUUCGUGCUGGUGGACAUGAGUGUGGCUGCUUACCAGUAUUGGCCAAACUGGUGAUGGAGCAAUGUGUAGCCCGUUUAGACGUGGCUUUAUUUAAUGCCAUCCUCCGUGAAUCAGAGAAUGAGAUACCAUCUGAUCCAAUAUCCGAUCCGAUUCUUGACUCCAGGGUUCUGCCAAUUCCAGCUGGCAACUUAAGCUUUGGAUCAGGCGCACAGCUGAAGAAUGCAGUUGGAAGCUGGUCCAGAUUGUUGACGGAUAUGCUUGGCAUGGACGGUGAUGACUCUCACAAGGAUGGCCAAGGCGCAGGAGGAAAUGGUGAUGUAAGAAGAGAUGGAGCUGAAUCCAAUUCUUUUAAGCUGCUCAAUGAGUUGAGUGAUCUUCUCAUGCUCCCGAAGGACAUGCUUCUUGAGAAGUCCAUCAGGAAAGAGGUCUGCCCGUCGAUUGGCCUUCCACUAGUAACAAGGAUACUCUGCAACUUCACUCCGGACGAGUUCUGCCCUGAUCCUGUUCCUGGUUUAGUUCUGGAGGAGCUGAAUUCUGAGAGCUUGCUUGAGCGCUUCACAGAGAAAAAUCUGAUCAGUACAUUCCCGUGCACUGCUGCUGCCGUUGCGUACCGCGCCCCUUCAUCGGAGGAUGUAGCAGAGAAAGUGGCAAACACCAGUGGCACCGGAGAGGUGCAUCAAAGGGCCUCGAUGGUCCAGAGGAGGGGGUACACCAGCGACGACGAUCUGGACGACCUAGGCUCCCCCUUGAUGUCCCUCUACGAUCGGAGCUCUCUGCCCUCGCCUUGUGACGGGGUCGCACAUUUCAGUACUCGCCAAGAAGGCGCCGUGGCAAAUGUAAGAUACGAGCUCCUAAGAGAAGUAUGGUCGGAGCGCCGUGAUUGAGCGAGCGACCUGCAGGACUUGUUUGGCUGUUGCUUUGCGUAAAAGGGCGAACCAAGUGUUGGGGGCGUGAAGAAUUUGCUUUUGCAUCCGGCACCGAAGAAUCAAAGAGGGAUGAUGGCUCCUCGCUGGUGUUGUUUCCUUUGCCCCCCUCAGAUUUGUCCACUGCAGAAUUUCUACCCUUCAUUCGUUCGCCGGUGAGCUCGUUUGUUAGUUGCUUUUUUUUCUUCUCAUGUACUAGCAUACAUAGUGGAAAAUUGUAAGGAAAGGAUGGUGAAUUCGAUCCUGGGUGUAAAAUAUUAAUGCGAGUAUGGACCUAUCGGUGUAAGUAAAGGCUGGAAGAAGGGGAAUAUGAUCCUGGCCUGGGUACCUCGCCUGUUCCUUGUGUGUUU